CCAUUUAUUAUUCAUUCCCCCUGGCGCUGUAACCAAGUUCAAAAUACCAAACAAGUGUCGUUCACAAGUUCAAGGAUGGCCCUCUUCUCCUCUCACUGUUCUUCUCUCUUCUUCUCCUCAAACCUAAACAACCCUGUUCGUGUCUCUUCUUCUAAGACCUUCGCAUCUCCCUCCUUCUUCUUCUCCAAGAAAGCCCCCUCUAAAUCCCUUCACUUCGCAUUCAAAACCCCCACAAGUGAUAAAUUUACAUUCCCCUCUGUAAUCCCUUUCUCCUCCCUUUCAGAACCCACACCCGAACCAGAUACUGACCCCACAGAAAACCCCGGUCCGGAUUCCAACCCUACUCCAGUUAGCAUCACUGAUGAGUGGGGCGAAAAGACGGAACCGGAACCCGAAUACCCGAAAGAUUCGGAUGUGGAUACUCCGAAGGAUGACGAUGAGUGGGACGAGGAGUGUAUUGCUGCAGGGAAUGGUAGCGCUGCUCAGGGUACUGGCGCUGUGGUGGAAAAGGAUGAUAGAUUAGAGGACUUGAAAAGGUGUUUGGUUGAUACGGUUUAUGGUACGAAUUUCGGGUUUCAGGCCAGCCCGGAAGUUAGAGGCGAAGUUUUAGAGUUGGUUAAUCAGUUGGAAGCUGUGAACCCUAUUAAAGCACCCGUAGAUGCAACUGGGAUACUCGAUGGCAAAUGGGUUUUGUUGUAUACUGCAUUUUCUGAGCUGUUGCCACUUCUGGCAGUGGGUACAAUACCAUUGUUGAAAGUUGAAAGUAUAUCCCAAGCAAUUGAUACCAGCAAUCUCUCCAUUGUGAACUCCAUCACAUUGUCAGGCCCUUUUGCCAGUUUCUCAUUCAGUGCAUCUGCCACAUUUGAAGUCCGAACUCCUUCAAGAAUACAGGUUGAAUUUAAGGAAGGCUCCCUGCAACCUCCAGAGAUUAAGUCCAGCAUUGAUCUCCCAGGAAAUGUUGAUCUUUUUGGCCAGAAUAUCAAUUUGACUCCUGUGCAGCAAUCUCUUAAUCCCCUGCAAGAGGUAGUGUCAAAUAUUUCAAGAACCAUUUCUGGUCAGCCACCACUUAGAGUUCCCAUUCCAGGUAAUCAGUCAAGGUCGUGGCUUCUUAUUACAUACCUCGAUAAUGAUUUACGAAUCUCUAGAGGGGAUGGUGGUCUUUUUGUGCUGGUUAAAGAAGGAAGUCCUCUUCUAGAUCUGUAGCAAGAUUGAAUCUGCAAUGCUAUCUGUGCAGCAGUCUGAAAUGCUCUUUCAGUUUUUUGUUUAACACCACCCCCCCGCCCCCCCCCAAAAAAAAGGAAAAAAAAAAAAAAAAGAAAGAAAAGAAGACCUUAUACAAUCUUAUAGAAAGUGAUGAUGAAGAUGCUUUUGUGGUAGUUGGUGGGCUGGGAACAAGGUGGUGCAAUUUUAAAGUAUUACAGUGCAUUAUAGUUGUAAGAUGCAAGUUUUCUGUGUUAUUAGAUAUUAUUGAGCAAUAUAGUUAGUUGCGCCUUAAGUAAAA